CUACUUAUAGAAGCAUCCCGAGCCUUAGCUUGUCUGCAUCUCCAUCGGAAAGUGCCCUGGCCACAUCCCUUCGGCCUCUAGGCAGUGUCCCGUCUCCUCCAGCGCGGGCAGGGAGAAACCUCAGCCGUGAAGGGGCGGUGGAGAGAGCCCUGAGAGCAGCGACUGGAGCCGGACGCCGAGAGCAGAGCGGACGCGCCCCUUGCCGGGGAAUCGCUCUCGCGGGCGGAGACUCAGCAUCACAGCGCUUGCCGGCGCGCUUGCCGGGCUGCGCGCUCCUGCCAGGCACCGCCAGCCCCGAGGACCCUCGGGGUCCGCGGACCCUGCUGCAGCGGGCCUAAUCCCAGAGCUGCCAAGAGCUCCCGGCUGGUGUUGGCAAACUUUUUCCGAGCCCACGUGCUGACCAAACAGCCCGGCUCGCUUCCCGAGCCUGGGAUGGAGUGCCGCGCCUAGGCACGCUGUGCAGCCUGAGACACGCGCGCACGGUUCACCGCGGAGUGAGCGAUGCUGAGCGAGCCAAACUGACCAUUGCAGCUGCAGGGCCAGUGGCAUCUGUCUCCGAGUGAGUCCUCCCUAGGAGCGACCCGCACUGUCUCCUUGCAGGGGCUCCGCGUUUCCUCGACUUUGAGAGGCGUCUCUCCCCAGCCCGACCGUCCAGAUGCGUUUUCGCCUCUUCUCUUUUGCCCUCAUCAUUCUAAACUGUAUGGAUUACAGCCAGUGCCAAGGCAACCGAUGGAGACGCAAUAAGCGAGGUGGGUCGCUCUCGGCCGAAGCUAGUUAUGUAUCAAAUCCCAUUUGCAAGGGUUGUUUGUCUUGUUCAAAGGACAAUGGGUGCAGCCGAUGCCAGCAGAAAUUGUUCUUCUUCCUUCGAAGAGAAGGGAUGCGCCAGUAUGGAGAGUGCCUGCAUUCCUGCCCAUCAGGGUACUAUGGGCACCGAGCUCCAGAUAUGAACAGAUGUGCAAGAUGCAGAAUAGAAAACUGUGACUCUUGCUUUAGCAAAGACUUUUGUACCAAGUGCAAAGUAGGCUUUUAUUUGCAUAGAGGCCGCUGCUUUGGUGAAUGUCCAGAUGGUUUUGCACCAUUAGAUGAGACCAUGGAAUGUGUAGAAGGAUGUGAAGUUGGUCAUUGGAGUGAAUGGGGAACAUGUAGCAGAAACAACCGCACAUGUGGAUUUAAAUGGGGUCUGGAAACCAGAACACGGCAGAUUGUUAAAAAGCCAGCGAAAGACACAAUACCAUGUCCAACCAUUGCUGAGUCCAGACGAUGCAAGAUGGCCGUGAGGCACUGUCCAGGAGGGAAGAGAACACCAAAAGCCAAGGAGAAGAGAAACAAGAAGAAGAGGAGGAAGUUGACCGAAAGAGCCCAAGAGCAGCACAGUGUCUUCCUAGCUACAGACAGAGCUACCUAAUAAAAUACAGGCAAUAGUGGGGGGAUUUUGAGUGGGAUUUUGUUGCUGUUGUUUAUAUUGCAAAAGUGCACAAAGCUACUCUCCAAUCCACACUAGUGGACAGCAUUCCUGCUGCUCUGACCAGUAUCAUUUUUCAGUAACAUUACAAAGGGAAGUGCCCAAGCAUGGACUUUGGGUUAUUUAUGCUUUGAUUUGAAUAUGUGAUAGCAGGAGCUUGUUGACCUCAUCAGUGGGAGCUAAAGCAUGUAUACUCCUGUGAUGAGCACCAUGUGUCCUAAGCAUCUGCCCCUGGCACAGUGAACUUGUAGGAGGCAUGUGGCUAUAGAUCACCACCAGAGAGUGCACCCAUGCCUACUUUCCUGAAAGAAAAUGCAGAAGCGGGCAAGCGCUGUUCCCUUGUGACUUUUGUUUCUCACAUUAUGCAUUGUCAAAGACAAUUGUGAUUGGAAAUAAUGCUUAGUGUCACCACAUGGUGUUUUCAUCAUUGGUGACCUUCAAAUGAUCUUUCAAUGAGACUGCUUUUUAGCUAGGGGUAUUCUGUGGAAAUUCCUACUAUAUUUCAGCCUAGUGCUUACAUGUACAGAGUCUGCUGAGCUCCAUACAAAGCUCCACAUUGUAUAUUUUUGCUUUCUGUGUGUAACAAGUCAUACCUGAUUGAUAAGAUGUCACUUUGUUCUUAGUGGUUCUUAACUAUGGUCUGGUACAUGAUUGUUCUAAUUCUGAAAAUUGACAAGUGUUUUGUUGCCAUUUUGUUUCUUCUGUUUGUAUUAUUUUUGGUGGGGGUGGGGUGGGCUUGUUUCCAGUUGUAAGUUUAGGAUAAGCUAGUUUGUACAUAGAGUCAAAUGACUGAUGUCAGAGUUUCAGUGCAGAUAGAACUUCCCCAGUUCAUGUGUCACACACACACACACACACACACACACACACACACACACACACACACACACACCACAGUAAGCAGCUUCUAGCAUCUGGCCAUCAGAAACCAAACUCCUUUUGAGUUCAGAAAGUGAUGACUUAUGAAACACAACUGAAAACAUGAGUACUUGUGUGCAGUGCAGUUACUUGUAUUUAUUACACACAAUUUCCAGCUUCAUUUUUUUCAAACUUAAAGUAACUCAUCACAUUCAAUGAAAGGUUACCUGGCAAAAUUUUUGGGUCACAGGGGAAGCUGCUAUCCUGAAAUCACCUAGGAGAUGAAGGAGAAAAUAGGAGGCUUCCUCCAGCUGAGAGUCACAGCGCACAUUUCUCUGCUGAGCCAGAAUGUCUUCCACUAAAACAAAGAACAUGAUGGAGGCUUCCCAUCUGAUUCACACAGCCAUGAUUUCAGAAUCUCCCUUGUCCCCUUGGGUCAGUCAGUCCUUUGACUUAAUGAAUUGACAGGCUCUAAAUGCUUUAUCUUCCUGGCUGAUCCAGGGAGAACUUAGAACAAAAGAAGUUGUAGAGUUUUGAGGAAACAGUCAGAGCAAGGAAAAGCCUUUUCCUCACUUUGCAUUGGUAAAACUACCUCUUCAGCAUUUUUGUUGAGUCAGAAACAUCUUGCUGAUAUGUAUAGAUGUCAUAAGCUUCAUUGUGAAAAUAUUGAUGCAAGAUAAGCCAUAUAUGAAUGUUGUAUUCAACUUUCGGCUUGCACUUAAUCCUAAAGUGUUCCCUUCCCUUCAUGUCUAUUCAUACACUAUAUUCCUAUUUACUAAGUGGGGAGGGGUCUUCUUAAUAUCAUACUUCAUUGUUAAUAAGUCAAUGCUUGUUAUGUUUCUGGGCUGUUGUUUUUGUGCAUUAAAAACUCAAAAACUGCUUUUGGACUAUUUUUUA